CUCAGAACUUUCGAGUCUUUUGGUUCGAUCAAAAUGACUAGUAUGUAUUAUGAUGAUUACCUUACGGAUUCGAGGAAGGAUAUGUGGUCGGGUUUAUGUUUACUGGCGGAUGCGGCGGUUAUGGUUGCGGAAGAAGAACAACGUCGUCGUCUUCUUGCAGAGAAAGGAGAACAAUUAUUAAGAUGCCACAAGACUGUCUCUCAAGAAGAAGAUAACCAGAUGAGAUUCUUCUAUCUUUUCCCGAGAAAAAUUAGGUCGUCUUUAGUGAAGAAAAGAUACACACAACAAAACCCUAACGAGGCUUCUCCAUGUUCAUCACUUCUCGAUCUUAACCUAAUCACCACUGAUUCUGAGCCAGAAAACCUAAAAAACCCUAGUUCUGAUGAUGAGCCUUUGGUGUGUGAUGAAGAACAACGUGCAAAGAAAGGUAAGUCCAAGAUUGUUUGCGAUGAAGAUUAUGACGACGAGAGUGAGAAUAGACUCUUCGAGAAGAAUGUGAAGAAAUUUCUACGAGAAAACUUUGAUAAUCUUAAUGGGGCUUCUACUUCUUCAUCGCUCCUGAACCUUCAUUGUCUUGAACCUUCGACAGAGACGAUAGACCUACCAAACCCUAAUUAUCAAUCUUCUUCUCCGUCUUCGUGCCUAACAGAGAACACAAGCCGCAAGAGGCGUGUCGUGCAGCAGAGGAAGGGUAAAGGUGGAUUCAAGAGAGCAAAGGUUGUACUUUAUCCACACGUGGAGAGAGAGACACCGGAGUGGGUUUUCCAGGUGAUGAGAUACAUGAACGCUGAUGCCGAAACCCCGAGGCUGAUAUUUGAGAGGACUCUGUUCAAUAGUGACGUCAACUCAAUCCUCAGCCGUCUCUUAAUCCCUUUCCAAAAGCUAAUCAGAAACGACUUCUUGACGCCGUCCGAGUGUCGAGCCUUAGAGAGAGAUGAAGACAACGAAGAUGACGAGAAUAUUGGUGUGGGAACAAUUCUUGUGAAUCAAAGGGUUAGAAUGUGGGGUUUACGUUUAAAGAUAUGGGUAAUGGAGAAGAAAGAUUCGGGACACGGAACCUUGAAUUACACUUUGAAUUGGGGUUGGAACGAUGUCGUCAAAGGUAACAACUUGAAAGCCGGCGACAAGAUCAGUCUUUGGACUUUCAGGUGCCGUGGAGUCCUCUGCUUUGCACUUGACAUAGAGUAGCUCUUCACUUGUUCAUUAGCUAUUCAGGUGAUUCUUGAGGUUUUUGGCACAGUAGUAACUUCUUGGAAGUGUAUUAAUUAACAAAAUUAGGGAUUAACUACGAUUGUGAUCUUACAUGUUGGUGUGGUUCUCUCCUCUAUUAUUAGUAACUUGUCUGUCUCGACAACAUAUCCUUGCCAUUGUUUGAAAUAAACAUUUUGUCAUGAA